CGAGGCUGAGGAGUCCUCUGAGUAUCAGUAGAAGGAUAUCUGCAGGCCAUUCCGUGAUUCGUCGUGGGUUCCGCUAAUUCCACUUCAACUUAACAUUACACAGCAACAAUACCGCCACACCAAUUACCAUCAACUGUAAGCCAAAUUUUCAUUACAACAUGAUUCCUAAAGAGGGCGGUUGAUGUUGGCGGAAGGAUCCGCAUUACACUAGACCAGGGCCUGCAUAACAGACAUGCAAGGCGCAUGCACGAGAUGUCCGCAGCUUCCAAGCACAGCGCACUGCAUAUUGUCGCUCCCGUCUUCUGCAGGCAGGCAAGUGUCCGCAGCGAUUGUCUCCCGCUCUGUCCUCUCUUCCCACCCGUUUCUGUCGCUUUCCCAGCUCCCAGACCUAGGAUUUCGCCACCCCGAGUCUUACCACUCUUUUGUUACAGACCUACCAAAGCCACUUACUUUAGCUGGGCAAGGUCACGACUCUCGACCGCACCAACCUGGCCUUGUGGUACAAGGCCGGGUUCGUCUUGCGCCCCAACAACAAAGGGAACAAGGCAGCCCGCUGACCACACCAUCCAUCCAUUGUUCUCACCAGGGUCUCACAAUUUGCACCGCAUAUUAUUCGGCAGAUAAUCGGUGUAGCCGCCCUAAGGCAGCCGCCCUAGGCUCCCCAGUGCGCUACCACGCUACCACCUACGCAUCUGUGGCGCCAGACAUUCUCUCUUCUUUCCCAGACCUGUUGUUACUUGUAUCCCUGGGAUAUUUGUGUUGCCUCUCGGCUGCCUCUUGUACUGCGAUUUCAUCGAGAUCCAACAAUCAACUUGACUUGUUUGCCUCUUUGCGACGUUCAAACACCCGGCCUGCCUUUGUAGUUCUGUCCUUCAUAAGUGAUUCCCGGGCGCCGCCUAGAUCCGGUUGCUUUCAUUGUUCUUCCAUUUUCUAUCUGCAGUUCCGUCAUCACAACGCAGUACUGCUCACACAUUUACCCCAAAGUGAUCAUUGCAUGCAUCUGAGUUACACAUCGGCUUGCAGCGCAUAAACAGAGAAAUUCGAUGUCUGGGGAGCUUAGCACAGCUAGCUCCGGUGCAGCCGGGGCCGCUGGCCGCAAUGCAAGCGGCAGCGCACGCAUCUGGAGCGCGAUCCCGGACGAUCGACGUGGCAACAACGGCGCCGAGCGGCGGAGAGAAAGCACCAGCCGCACAAUCGGCGACGUCAUGAGGGAGCCGUCCACCAGGGUCCCCGAUGUUGUUGUGCUGGACUCUUUGCCCGAGGACCUGGAGCGCAGGGAGACGCUCGAUCCGAAAGAGGAUCUGUGGUUAUCGACCGUUGACGGGUAAGUUGCAUCUCCUUCUGCAU